AUGGAUGUUUGGAUGCAACAAAGAAAACAGAAGAUCCUCUCUCAAGAAAUCUGUGCCGAGCACGACGUUAGGCGGGAAGGGUGCGGCUGUGGCAUGUUUGUGCUACACGGUUUUCCUGCAGACAAACAGCUACAGCAUCAGUGGGUGGUAUCAAUCAAUCGCAAGGACUUUUCACCGUCGUCGUCGUCGGCCCGGGUAUGCUCCGAUCAUUUCGUGGACGGAAAGCGCACACCGUUAAAUCCAGUGCCCAUGGUCAAGAUGGGAUACCCCAGAAAGUUCCUCCUGGGUCCUGAUGUCAGGUUUUUUUCGGCUUUUUCGCUGAGUAGGCCUCGGUCUGAGUUUGUCGCACCCCACCUCAGGGAGUAUGCCUCCUCCAUGCGGCGCCUGCGCGAGUCCUACCCAGGUGAACGCAUUUCUACCUGGACUGUGUCGCGACUGUACAAAUCUCUCUUGGAGCUUCUUCCCAUGCCUCCGCCGGCUGUGGGCCUUGGUGUGCCCCGGCAGGUUGCUUGGCGUCUUGUCACCGCGGGCUGGUUCGACGCACGUCGGGCUAGCCUGCAAUGGCGCUUGGCACACGGCGUUUUACCGCUUCGGGACCGUCUGGCUCGGUGUUGGUGGGACGCCGCCGUCUACUUAGGAUGGACUCCGAGCCACCAAGGAAGCAAUACAGUUGGCAAUACGAAGCAAAAGAAGGACGAAGACGUGAGCCAAGCUGCAGCAGAUGCGUCGCUGUCAACGGAAAGUGAACUUGAGGCUGGAGAGCCUGCUGAAAGCGGCAACGUGGAGCCACAGCCGUACGGUGCGGUGCAGAGACAAGCAGAGGAACCACUACCCAGGCUGCCAGCUGAGGAGCUCCAGGAAGUUCCUACCACCGCUGAGGUACCUCCACAAGCAUCACUAUUCUUGGAAUCACAAUGCCAAGUGGGAGCAAAUGUUACUCUUAGCGCCUCUGGUCAAGGCACUGAGGUACCUCCACAAGUAUCACUAUUCUUGGAAUCACAAUGCCAAGUGGGAGCAAAUGUUACUCUUAGCGCAUCUGGUGAAGGCACUGAGGUACCUCCACAAGUAUCACUAUUCUUGGAAUCACAAUGCCAAGUGGGAGCAAAUGUUACUCUUAGCGCAUCUGGUGAAGGCACUGAGUUCCAUUUCAGGUACCUCCACAAGUAUCACUAUUCUUGGAAUCACAAUGCCAAGUGGGAGCAAAUGUUACUCUUAGCACAUCUGGUGAAGGCACUGAGGUGGGUUCAAUUCAGUGUAAUCAGUAGCCAUCUGCAUGGGAUAUGUACCAACUAACUGGUUCAUAUCACGUUGACUCAACUGAAAGUUUGUUAGUGGUCACAAGGUCCAUUCGUUUGGUAACUGCUGUACUCUCAGCACCUUGUAAUAACGUCACUUCACCAGUUCCAUUUCAGGUACCUCCACAAGUAUCACUAUUCUUGGAAUCACAAUGCCAAGUGGGAGCAAAUGUUACUCUUAGCGCAUCUGGUGAAGGCACUGAGGUGGGUUCAAUUCAGUGUAAUCAGUAGCCAUCUGCGUGGGAUAUGUACCAACUAACUGGUUCAUAUCACAUUGACUCAACUGAAAGUUUGUUAGUGGUCACAAGGUCCAUUCGUUUGGUAACUGCUGUACUCUUAGCACCUUGUAAUAACACCACUUCACCAGUUCCAUUUCAGGUACCUCCACAAGCAUCACUAUUCUUGGAAUCACAAUGCCAAGUGGGAGCAAAUGUUACUCUUAGCGCAUCUGGUGAAGGCACUGAGGUGGGUUCAAUUCAGUGUAAUCAGUAGCCAUCUGCGUGGGAUAUGUACCAACUAACUGGUUCAUAUCACAUUGACUCAACUGAAAGUUUGCUAGUGGUCACAAGGUCCAUUCGUUUGGUAACUGCUGUACUCUUAGCACAUUGUAAUAACACCACUUCACCAGUUCCAUUUCAGGUACCUCCACAAGUAUCACUAUUCUUGGAAUCACAAUGCCAAGUGGGAGCAAAUGUUACUCUUAGCGCAUCUGGUGAAGGCACUGAGGUGGGUUCAAUUCAGUGUAAUCAGUAGCCAUCUGCGUGGGAUAUGUACCAACUAACUGGUUCAUAUCACAUUGACUCAACUGAAAGUUUGUUAGUGGUCACAAGGUCCAUUCGUUUGGUAACUGCUGUACUCUUAGCACCUUGUAAUAACACCACUUCACCAGUUCCAUUUCAGGUACCUCCACAAGCAUCACUAUUCUUGGAAUCACAAUGCCAAGUGGGAGCAAAUGUUACUCUUAGCGCAUCUGGUGAAGGCACUGAGGUGGGUUCAAUUCAGUGUAAUCAGUAGCCAUCUGCGUGGGAUAUGUACCAACUAACUGGUUCAUAUCACAUUGACUCAACUGAAAGUUUGUUAGUGGUCACAAGGUCCAUUCGUUUGGUAACUGCUGUACUCUUAGCACCUUGUAAUAACACCACUUCACCAGUUCCAUUUCAGGUACCUCCACAAGUAUCACUAUUCUUGGAAUCACAAUGCCAAGUGGGAGCAAAUGUUACUCUUAGCGCAUCUGGUGAAGGCACUGAGGUGGGUUCAAUUCAGUGUAAUCAGUAGCCAUCUGCGUGGGAUAUGUACCAACUAACUGGUUCAUAUCACAUUGACUCAACUGAAAGUUUGUUAGUGGUCACAAGGUCCAUUCGUUUGGUAACUGCUGUACUCUUAGCACCUUGUAAUAACACCACUUCACCAGUUCCAUUUCAGGUACCUCCACAAGCAUCACUAUUCUUGGAAUCACAAUGCCAAGUGGGAGCAAAUGUUACUCUUAGCGCAUCUGGUGAAGGCACUGAGGUGGGUUCAAUUCAGUGUAAUCAGUAGCCAUCUGCGUGGGAUAUGUACCAACUAACUGGUUCAUAUCACAUUGACUCAACUGAAAGUUUGCUAGUGGUCACAAGGUCCAUUCGUUUGGUAACUGCUGUACUCUUAGCACAUUGUAAUAACACCACUUCACCAGUUCCAUUUCAGGUACCUCCACAAGUAUCACUAUUCUUGGAAUCACAAUGCCAAGUGGGAGCAAAUGUUACUCUUAGCGCAUCUGGUGAAGGCACUGAGGUGGGUUCAAUUCAGUGUAAUCAGUAGCCAUCUGCGUGGGAUAUGUACCAACUAACUGGUUCAUAUCACAUUGACUCAACUGAAAGUUUGUUAGUGGUCACAAGGUCCAUUCGUUUGGUAACUGCUGUACUCUUAGCACCUUGUAAUAACACCACUUCACCAGUUCCAUUUCAGGUACCUCCACAAGUAUCACUAUUCUUGGAAUCACAAUGCCAAGUGGGAGCAAAUGUUACUCUUAGCGCAUCUGGUGAAGGCACUGAGGUGGGUUCAAUUCAGUGUAAUCAGUAGCCAUCUGCGUGGGAUAUGUACCAACUAACUGGUUCAUAUCACAUUGACUCAACUGAAAGUUUGUUAGUGGUCACAAGGUCCAUUCGUUUGGUAACUGCUGUACUCUUAGCACCUUGUAAUAACACCACUUCACCAGUUCCAUUUCAGGUACCUCCACAAGUAUCACUAUUCUUGGAAUCACAAUGCCAAGUGGGAGCAAAUGUUACUCUUAGCGCAUCUGGUGAAGGCACUGAGGUGGGUUCAAUUCAGUGUAAUCAGUAGCCAUCUGCGUGGGAUAUGUACCAACUAACUGGUUCAUAUCACAUUGACUCAACUGAAAGUUUGUUAGUGGUCACAAGGUCCAUUCGUUUGGUAACUGCUGUACUCUUAGCACCUUGUAAUAACACCACUUCACCAGUUCCAUUUCAGGUACCUCCACAAGCAUCACUAUUCUUGGAAUCACAAUGCCAAGUGGGAGCAAAUGUUACUCUUAGCGCAUCUGGUGAAGGCACUGAGGUGGGUUCAAUUCAGUGUAAUCAGUAGCCAUCUGCGUGGGAUAUGUACCAACUAACUGGUUCAUAUCACAUUGACUCAACUGAAAGUUUGCUAGUGGUCACAAGGUCCAUUCGUUUGGUAACUGCUGUACUCUUAGCACCUUGUAAUAACACCACUUCACCAGUUCCAUUUCAGGUACCUCCACAAGCAUCACUAUUCUUGGAAUCACAAUGCCAAGUGGGAGCAAAUGUUACUCUUAGCGCAUCUGGUGAGGGCACUGAGGUGGGUUCAAUUCAGUGUAAUCAGUAGCCAUCUGCAUGGGAUAUGUACCAAUUAACUGGUUCAUAUCACAUUGACUCAACUGAAAGUUUGCCAGUGGUCACAAGGUCCAUUCGUUUGGUAACUGCUGUACUCUUAGCACAUUGUAAUAACACCACUUCACCAGUUCCAUUUCAGGUACCUCCACAAGUAUCACUAUUCUUGGAAUCACAAUGCCAAGUGGGAGCAAAUGUUACUCUUAGCGCAUCUGGUGAAGGCACUGAGGUGGGUUCAAUUCAGUGUAAUCAGUAGCCAUCUGCAUGGGAUAUGUACCAAUUAACUGGUUCAUAUCACAUUGACUCAACUGAAAGUUUGCCAGUGGUCACAAGGUCCAUUCGUUUGGUAACUGCUGUACUCUUAGCACAUUGUAAUAACACCACUUCACCAGUUCCAUUUCAGGUACCUCCACAAGUAUCACUAUUCUUGGAAUCACAAUGCCAAGUGGGAGCAAAUGUUACUCUUAGCGCAUCUGGUGAAGGCACUGAGGUGGGUUCAAUUCAGUGUAAUCAGUAGCCAUCUGCAUGGGAUAUGUACCAACUAACUGGUUCAUAUCACAUUGACUCAACUGAAAGUUUGUUAGUGGUCACAAGGUCCAUUCGUUUGGUAACUGCUGUACUCUUAGCACCUUGUAAGAACACCACUUCACCAGUUCCAUUUCAGGUACCUCCACAAGUAUCACUAUUAUUGAAUCACAAUGCCAAGUGGGAGCAAAUGUUACUCUUAGCGCAUCUGGUGAAGGCACUGAGUUCCAUUUCAGGUACCUCCACAAGUAUCACUAUUCUUGGAAUCACAAUGCCAAGUGGGAGCAAAUGUUACUCUUAGCGCAUCUGGUGAAGGCACUGAGGUGGGUUCAAUUCAGUGUAAUCAGUAGCCAUCUGCAUGGGAUAUGUACCAACUAACUGGUUCAUAUCACAUUGACUCAACUGAAAGUUUGCCAGUAGUCACAAGGUCCAUUCGUUUGGUAACUGCUGUACUCUUAGCAUUUUGUAAUAACACCACUUCACCAGUUCCAUUUCAGGUACCUCCACAAGUAUCACUAUUCUUGGAAUCACAAUGCCAAGUGGGAGCAAAUGUUACUCUUAGCGCAUCUGGUGAAGGCACUGAGGUGGGUUCAAUUCAGUGUAAUCAGUAGCCAUCUGCAUGGAAUAUGUACUAACUAACUGGUUCAUAUCACAUUGACUCAACUGAAAGUUUGCCAGUGGUCACAAGGUCCAUUCGUUUGGUAACUGCUGUACUCUUAGCACCUUGUAAUAACACCACUUCCAUUUCAGGUACCCCCACAAGUAUCACUAUUCUUGGGAUCACAAUGCCAAGUGGGAGCAAAUGUUACUCUUAGCGCAUCUGGUGAAGGCACUGAGGACACAGUAGCACUGCCUCUUGCAGAGGACGUCCAAAGCACUAACAGCGUGUCGAGUGAGGGACCUUGUGAGAGGGCACUUGAUCCAGACCACGCAUAUGCCAAGCCAGCCCUGCGAAGUGACCACCAGAGAGCAGCUAUGGUUGACAACUUAUCAGAAGACGACAUCCACUUCCACACUGGACUGUCCUACGAUGCUUUCCACCAACUAUUGCGUGCUGUUGCUACAGUUGACAAGGAGAAAACCAAGCAGCUCACAUAGGAAGACCAAGUGUUGAUGACUCUCAUGAGGUUGCGACUCGGGUUGCUACUUGGACACCUCUCCAGAAUAUUCAAAGUGUCUGUGCCAUGCGUGAGCAUUACGAUCACUCACAUAAUGGAUGUGCUUCACACGGUGAUGCAGCAUGUCGUGAAAUGGUUGCCAGCUUCAUACAUACAGAAAAGUAUGCCAGCCAGUUUCAGGGAAAGCGGGCAUGGAGCCACCACCUGCAUAAUUGACUGCACCGAGGUAACUCUGCAGCGGCCGAAGAAACUCAUGCCGAGGGCACAGACGUACAGUGCCUACAAGGCACAUAACACUGUAAAAUUCCUAACAGCAAUUGGUCCGCGUGGACUGAUAAUGUUCGUAUCUCAGACAUACGGAGGCCGAGCGUCUGACAAGUACAUCAUGAGGAACUGUGGGAUAGAGGACAAUUUCUCACCAGGUGAUCAAGUUAUGGCUGACAGGGUUUUUUCCCUUGGUACUCAUUUGCAGGUUGCUGGUGUGAAACUCAAUAUGCCUGCGUUUACAAAAGGCAAACAGCAGCUGAGCGAAAAGGAUGUUACUUCCACACGUAGGAUUGCAUCUGUACGGAUUCACGUCGAGCGUGCCAUUAAUCGUAUCAAAACCUACCGCAUCCUGCAGCAGCCUCUCCCCAUCAAAUCAAAGAAACUGAUCAGCAAAAUUGUGUUUGUGUGUGCAGGCUUAUGUAACUUAAAACCUCCGCUGAUUAGACAACGCGACAAGAAAGCUCAGCAAGUUGAGUAAAAUGCUUUUCACCAAAACUUUCGUGUUCAGUCUCCUCAAAUUGGAUCAUACGAGAGCCAGAAAAAAAAAAUGCAAAUGUUUCUGCACUUUCUAAGUUUUAGUACGGUAUCAUGCAGGAAUAACAGUACUACGUAGCUUCAUCUCCCUGCGACCCUAUUCAUGUAACAUCCAUCGAAACAAGACUAGAAUAUUUCGAACUUUAAUGCUACUCAAAGCUUUAGUAUCUUUUUGUACACAGUGCUAAGCUCCCACUUUCCACUCCUAUGCUGCUGCUCAAUGAUCGGAAGUAGUGCACAAAAAUAGAAUUUGCACAGUCGCACAAUAUUUCGGGCCAGGUAGUUGGCAUCCAGAGACACUUUAACAAUUAGGUCUGUCACUUCACCAUUGUCAUUAACAGUCCAUACAUAAAAGUAGCACAGUUUCCUCCCGGAACGCAGCAGCUGAAAUUGCACUUGUGCGAAAUAUCCGUUUGGGCCAUUCUCUGGGAGAGCAUAUUCCAUUUCACUUGUCCGUUCGACGUCAUAUUUCCUUUUUUCAAUCAUGGCCUUACAGUCUUGAACAUGUGGGCACUUCUCUUCAAGGAUGGCAUCCUCGGCCUCAAUAAGUCCAUCUGGGGAGGCACAGAGCCACGGGUAAUCGUCAUGAACGCCUGCUUUUAAUAUUUAUAAUAUUGCAGUCAUAAUAUUGCAUAAUCAGUGCAGGUGCUCCAAAUGUCUGCCUCAGUUUGAUGCAGAGGUAUAGCAUGCAAGGAUAAAAUAAUCUUGUGGUAUUUUUCAACAUGGCUCUUGGAUGGACAUGCAACUUCUGCAAGCCAUCCAGAAGUCCUGUAAUUUCUGUAGCAUCACAAGUGUGUGUUUUUUAUCAAUGUAAAUAAAAUUAUUUGUUUCA